AAGCCUGGCCUGGUAAUAUUUGCGGAUACUAAAUAUAACAGCCAUUCUACUUACAAUUGGCAGAUAGAGGAAUAAGGCCAUUCAUACAGGAGGCUGUUUAGUAAUCGGCUAAUUGACAAACUCGACGUUUAUGUAUCUUAAACUUCUACAGCUGAUCCCUGACGAUCUUGUUCACUGUGUCUAGAGAUUGCAAAAGAACUCGCGUAGCGGAAGGAAAGUUGGAUCGUGGACGAAUCAAUACGCUCUUACCAUUGCCGCCACGAGAGAAAGACCGGGCGAAUAUGCACGGGAACCAACAGGGCAUCUGCGAGCCACCUCAAAGCCCGCAUGAGAAAAUACAAGUAGCGCUACAGAUCACUUCGCCGCUCCAUCUUGAUACUUCAAGACUACCUACCUAGUAACUCGUCGCGGAAACAGAACAGACGCUAUUUGCACCACAACAGUCCAAACGUCGAUCACAGGAGAUCCGCAACUAGAAGAUGGCAGAUGCCGGAUUGCUCAUGAACAAGGAGCCGCUCAUCAUGGGGAUGACCCCGGGGGACUACCAAGCUGCCUUUUCCUAUCUCGACCACGCCAACUUCGCGCGCGAAGUCGAAGCCCACGAAGCCCAGAAGCAGCAGCUAGGAAAACGUCCGCCAGCCGCGCCAAAGGAUAUUCCAUGGUGGAGGCGGCCCGAGUACUGGGCGCUCAUUCUGGGUUGUGUCACGUUCUUUCACAGCUUGUUCUCGACGUGGGCGUGGCCUUGGGUGAGGCGGUAUCUGGAGGAAGACUCGCCAUAUUCUUAGUGCCACGGGAGGGAAUUAAUUAGUUUUGUUGGUUUUUAUGCACCUUGAAGAGGGUUUUAGAAACUGAGACCGGGAAGGUAUGGACUAGCAUUACACGAAUCAGAUAGAACCUGGCUAUUGCAAAUCUGUGUCGAAAACGCCUUAUCGCAGACUC